GGAAGUGUGUAUGCUAGAUGAGAGCAGGUAGCUGGUAGCUCCGCAGUGUGACUGGAGGACUCUGUGCUUCAACUGCGGAGCUGUGUUGAUGACAGACCUGACAGUAACUCUAGGUGUGUUUAUGGUACCAGCUCUACUACAGAGGAGCUGACCUGUUGAUUAACCCUCAGCUCGGUGUCUGGUCAGGCCACAGCCUCAGUAUCUGCUGCUGCUGCUGGGUUUGAAUAUGGCUCUGUCAUUCCUUUUGGUCUUGGCUGCAACUGUGAUUCUCAUCAGACCCGAGACACCUGUAACUAAGGCUUUACAUCAGAACUCACUGGAGUGUUGUGGUGAGAAACAGAGAGUGAACAACUCAUGUUCAAAUGACACCCACUGUGAGCCAGGAUGCUUCUUGCGCAUCCUUGAGAACAGCAACACAGUUUGCAUAUUCUGUGACUCAGCAGCUAUGGAUCUGGAGAACAUAACAGUCUGCACCUACAACUAUACAGUGGAGAGGAAAAACCACACAACCGUAACUACCGUCUUUCCUAAAAUUGGAGGGCCCGGUGUGGCGGCCUCUCUUCUCUUGGGAACGCUGUUGAUCAGCCUGUUCCUGAUUCUCUCCGUUGCCUCCUUUUUCUACCUCAAACGCUCCAACCGACUCCCGGGCAUCUUCUACCGCCGCAACAAGGCCUUCAUAUUCCAACCAAGCGAGACGGCUGUCAUGAUCCCUUCCUCGACAGUGAGGAAGCCAAGGUAUGUCAGAAGGGAGCGGCCCUCGGCACCAUCGACACUGAGUAGUGCCACCGUGCCCACCACGUCCACCACCCAGGUCUUUAAUGUGUAGGAGUGCCGGUGCAGGUAGGAGAGAAUGCUCAGGAACGAUUUCUUAUCAUGUUGAAGGUUCAGCAGUGUGAACAGCUGACUCGUAUGUGGGUGGCUAUAUUUAACUGUAGCUGCUUCUGCUGCAUUCUUGUCACUCGGGCUGUUACUCUGUCUCUAUUUAAACAAGAGGGAUUUGUUUUUUUCACACCGUAACUUAAUUAUCCCGGGGAAAUAGUUUCAGUAUUUCUCUGUAAAGUUGAGACGUCACAGGUCGGUUUGUAUGUUUUCCUCCGCCUCAUGCAGCACUUCAGGAUCACUCCUUUUUGUUUUUAAGUCGAAACACAAACAGUUUUUAAUCAGUUGUUUGACAGCGUGUGUUCAGUUGACCUGUCUGUUAAAGGAAUAGUUUGACAUUUACGCCAAAUUCGCACCAGAGCAGCGGGGAAGUGUGCGGCCUGCGGUGAGCUGUCAUGCAAUAUUUAUGAAAAUCUGCGGCGGUGGCUGCUCCCGAGCUCAGCGAGCUGCGACCGUUUGAUUGUGCCAAUCAGUAAACAGAUCCUGUGACACCUGUGACAUGUUGACGUAUGUUACAAAGAAUUUAUUCCCGCCUGAAACACAUGAACACGCCUCCCGGCCGCAGAAAAAAUUUCAAUUAUUGUGGUAAGCCAUUCUUCUCUGCUGCCUAGUGGGAAUUUGGCACUAAGGAAAUACACUUAUUCCCUCUCUGGUGAAGAGCGCCAGCGUCUCUAAAGUUCACUGAUUAACACAUUUUAACCUGUAUAACAUAAAAGUGGACAAAUUCACCAUCAUACAGGCUGGACAAUAUAUCCGACGAGUUAUCGGUUAUCCACUUUGGAUUUUGAUCGCAUUAAACAAACGAGAUAUAACGUUGUGGUUAGUGAGCUUUAGAGGUGCUGGUAGGUGGAUUUUUGUUGCCUUUGGACAAAGCCAGGCCAACUGUUUCCAGUCUUUAUGCUAAGCUAAGCUAAGCUAACCUGCUGUAGCCAUAUUUUUUAACAGAUCCAAGAGUGGUAUCGAUCUUCUCAUCCAUCUCGCUGCAAGAAAGCGAAUACGAUUUUUCCCAAAAAUUGUCAAACUGUUCCUUUUAAUGUAAAAAUGAAUGGAGCCACUCACCAUGUUGAACGAGAGUGAUUAUUGUUUUGGGGGGGGAUAAAGUGAUAGCCCAGUGACAUCGGAUGAAACCCUUUGUUCACUAAUUAGGAUGUUAUUUACGUGUGUGAUAUUUAUUUUACAUUUUGUAACCGUGCACUGAGUUUUACUGAUUACAAUCAGACCAACAGAAUGAACCAUGUGUCUAAUAGCGGUAGAGCUCUUCUGGUGGACCGGGACAUUUUAGGGAGAGUUUUUCUGUAGGACGCCAUAUGGAUGAUUGUUUGAUUGAUUUGUGCUUUUUUCUUUUUUUUAUUGCAUUUGUAUUUAUUAUUUUUUUUGCGAGCUUAACCGAGGUUGAAUGUAUUACACACGUACAACGAAUCCUGAAUUGCAUUCCACAACAGACCCAGUCGAACAUGAAAGAGGUGAAGUCAUUUUCAACAACAAAAAUCAGACUUUUUUUUGUUUGUUUUCUCGUAGGAAGGUCUGUGAUCCUUCAAAACAUUUUAAAAUAAACAAUUUUAUUCCAUAAAGUAGAUUAAAUUAGAGUAUAUUAAAUUAAAUUCCAAUAGAUUUCUCUCUGAAAACAUAAAGCUACUGAAUCCUCGUGCACUUUAUUUGUCUGAGGUCAUCAGCUAAAGUCGGACUCUCAUUUUUAAAAGAAAUACUCGAAACAAAUAGUUGCCAUCGUGUGUGAUUGAGAUGUUUUUUUGGUUUUUUUUGUUGUAUACAUGGCAGCAUUAUUGUUGCAUUGUGAAAUUUACUUGACUACUAUUAACUUUUGCCAAAUGUCGUCUGAAGAAAAUGGCUUUUAUGGUGUGUGCCAUUACUGUGAUUACUGUGCCAUUAUGAGCUUUAAACGCAGACAGGAAACAUUUAGUCAUGAUGUGAUGAAUAAUUGGGUAUUUGAAUUAUAUCCAGUGGCCUUUAUAUUUACUGUACUCCAUUCUAAAACAAGGCUAGAUAUCCAAGUUUUAUCUGCUACAUGCUAUUUAAUUACAUAUAGUUUUAUAUCUUCAGUAUACGUGAAGCAACAUGAAGUGAACCCGAUUAAAAAGGCAGCAAUCAUUCCAUGAAUAUUCCCCUUUUAGCUUCAUGUGUUUGCUGUUGUACAGACAACCAUGAGCUGAAAACCAUGUACAUAUUGUUUUAUACAAAUGAGGUAUCGUUUUUUUGUAAUGAUGUGCAUAUUCUAGUUUCGACGCCAUGAAGAAUGUUCUCAAGCUGUACGUCAUGUUUGGAGAAAUAAAGCACCUUUCCAUAACUAUCGUUUCUCUCUCCGUGCAGUUCUAUGAACUCUCACGCUGCUGUUUUUUUUGUAUGUGACACAAACUUCAUAUUGUUCAAAGACAGAUUUGAAUAAGUUUAAUGUUUCUUUUGUGAUUCCUGCUGCUAAUAAUAAACAAUGCCUCACUGUG